AAAUUGGACCCGGAUCCGACUCCAUAUAGGUCCUGUUUCAGUUUCAACACAUUUUGGAGCUGCACUUGAAGAGCAGAGGAGGAAGCGAUAACUGUCUUCGAAGAAUGAUGGCAGAAGAGACAACAGCAUGUGUCUGGCAUGGCUAACGAUCCACCAGCGAGACUCAGACGACUUCUCCGAGCAAAUUUUCCAAUAAGGGUCCUUGAUAACAAUCUCCUUUUGCGUGGUCUUCAAACAUACGGGAGAAACAAAGUGAAAGAAAAAAAGCGAUGCUUGGAUUUUCAUAUGGAGAGAUAUUUCUCUUGCUUGGCGCUACUGCUGCUCUUAUUGGACCUAAAGAUCUGCCAAUCAUAGCAAGAACAGCUGGCAGAUUUGCUGGGCGUGCCAUUGGUUAUGUUCAAUUGGCCCGUGGUCAGUUUGAAAGUGUCAUGCAGCAGUCUCAAGCUCGCCAGGUGCAUAAGGAACUGCAAGAUACCAUUGCUCAACUAGAAGCCAUACGUCAUGAAAUUCGAGCAGUCUCGUUUAUGAAUCCUGGUCCAUUGACAUCGAGGCUAGUAGACAACAUCAGCGCUACAGCUGGGGCUGGCACGAUAGCAAAUGGACCUCAGAAAUCUGAUGAAGAGAGCACAAUAGUUGAAAAUGGACCUAAAAAAUCUGAUAAAGAGAGCAAAACAGUAACUGUCACACCUAAGGAUCAUAAUUCAGGGAGUUCAGCUUUGACUGAUAUGCACAGCCAAGCAGCUGCUUAUGCGAGAUUGGCAGAAAUGACUCCUUUGAAAUCUCUGUCCGUAGAUAGGGAAGGUCUGAGUGAACUGACUGAUGAAUCUGGCAGUAUUAUUGUACUCCCUGUCUCUGCUGAGAGUGCCGGGUUGUUGCCAAAACGUAAAGAUGAAGCAAAGGGGUCUGACAUUGUCUUAGAAGCAAUACUAGAGGCAGAAGUGGCAAAUAAUGCCAAAGAAUUUUUCUCACAGCCACAAAACCAAUUAAAAAGUGAAUAAAGAGGUAUAUUGGAAGAACUUUUACACCAUUAGAAGGAGGCCAAGUGAGCAUGCUAACAUUGGACGAAAGAUCACCAUGGAAAGAGAAACGAUUUAGGCCCAGUUGGGGUCUAGUUACGGUUGAGUCUUUUUACCUCGUCUCUGCAGAUAUCAUUCCCUUUCCCUCUCCCCUCUCAAUCAGCUUGGGCAUAUAAAGAAGAGACUACAGCAUUAAACCUUUCAUUGGGGUUUCCUCCUUUUCUUUUUGCAUUGGUUUUUCAAUUUUUCUUCUGUGAAAAUUCUUUUCUUCUGCCUCUGUAGUUUUCUUUCCUUCAAUCAAUCUGAAGAGACGACAGUUUUGAUAUGUUUCAGUCAUUAUGGUUUAAUUGAUAAAUGCAUUUCUUUCUGCAAUCUAACCCAAAUGUAGCAUUUUCUCUUUUCGAACUAGUUAGCAUGUACAGUAAGACUAUUAAUCAUGUUUUACACGAGGAUCUUAUAUUCGCCUGAGGUUUUUCUUUUUCUUUCCUUGCAUUAUCGUUUUCAUGGUAAUUGGACUUGGAAGGUUUAUCUUUGUGUUUUUUCCCACUGAAAAAGCAAACCCGGAGACUUGUGUUUCCUUUUCUUUCUCUUGUUCUCAUUCCCUCCUACCUCCUUCUCUCCUCUCCAAGUUUUUUGCUUGAUGACGGGAGAGUUUUCAUGGACGUGAAAGUCAAACAUAAGUUUGAUAUGAAGCCUCACACUCAGAACGUGGAGGAGUAUAGGAAAAUGAAAGGACAAAUAAGUCAAUGAUCUACAACAGACAAAUACAUGUAAGAUCCAAUUCGUGUUUGCUAUUACCUUGAUUAGCUUGCUGGAAAAAGAGGCCACACUAAUGAUCUCGGAGUGCAUAUGAGACCCAUGCCUGGCAUGAUCAGGUAUUGCAUCCGGACUUGAUAGCAUCUUCUGGAUGCUUGAUUAGUGUAAGCUAUUUCAACUGACCAAACAAAAAUAAUCGGGUAUUGCAUCCAGUACUAAGUUAUUUGCUAUGUCGUUGUUUCUCGAAGUAGAAAUCUAUGCCGCUGUUUUUUUUUUCUAUUUUUUCAUAAACCAUUUUGUCCGAGUGGGAUAUUCUUUCUAAUGUGUAAGAGAUAGGCAUCAGGUGAAGAACUUGGAAGGAUCUGGAAUAUCCCUAACUUUACUGUAUUUUUACUUUCUAACUUUAAGACCAAUUUUGUAGUCUUUAUUUAUUUUAAGACAUAACAAAUUAGAGCUUUACUUAGAUUAUGGUUCUUCUGAAGCCUAUAUGUUAGGCUUCCUAGUAUUGUUCAGGAAACAUGAAUCAAAUUGCAAUCUGAAAAUUGCAUAGAAUAGCUUAGUUUUGUAGUUUUGUACUAAAACAGAGUUAGUGCGAUUUACUAGUACUGAAUUCCUCCUAAAAUCGUCGAGUGGUUAUGUGGAACACUAGAUUUAGCGGUGUUAUGUUUUACAAUCUAUUAGCAGUAUUAGUCUAGAGUCCAGGUUUCAGCUGAAUUGAAUAAAGAUACGGUUCCAAUAAUCUUUUCCUUUUAAUAAUAUUGGAAGAUGUUGCAUGUCCUUCAGUUAUGCAGUUGCAUUUUUCAACUAUCCCAUGUAUACCUGAUUAUUUUGCUUGUUUUGCAGCAAUCUUUGAAAGAUAUACUGAAAGAGCUCUGCAUGUACAACAAAAGAGGAAUAAACCAAGAGAACAUAUUAGCUGAAGCCAGAGUAUAAGAAAUCUGUGGAGGAUACAGGUGCCAAAUGAAUUGUGUCUCUGUUUUAACGUAUAUUAGAUGUGCAACGUGAAGUAAUAGGAUUUUUCAGAAUUCUCUUUCAUGAAUGUUUAUAUCCCAGGCCUUCACUAGUCAAUAGGUGUGUUGAUAUAAUGUUCUUGUCAAUCAUGAAAUUGCAUAGAGUUAUGUGAAUGAGAUAAAUACUGGAAAGCAUUAACUAAACCUACUUUCUUUAUUUUACCUUUUUGCUUACUUUACGUCUAUGUUUUAAAAAGCCGAGGGUCUACCGGAAACAACCUCUCUGCCUUCUUAAAAGUAGGGUUAAGGUCUGCGUACAUACUACCCUCCCAGACCCCACUUGUGGGACUACACUGGGUAUGUUGUUGUUGUUGUUGUACGUCUAUUUUUAAAAGAAAGAACUGGGCUCAAGCGUUGUGUUUUUUCUGGUUGGUGUAUUGUAGAUUGAUAGAAUUUAGGUGGCUUACAGCAAUAGUAACCACAUUAUGUUGAUAUCAAUCUCGGGCAGUUCUGGAAUAUUUGUAUAGGUUCAAUUUCCCAUGAUGGUAGAGUAACAAUAUAUUAUUUUUGACACGCAUGACCUAUGUGCUUAAGGUGUAGCCAUUUUCUUUGCUUCUUAUAAAUAGCUAAUUGGUUGUAUAAUGGAUAAGAAUACAAAAAUAUCUUUCUGAUAUGUAGUGCGUGAACGGAGUACUCUUGUGCACUAGCUUUCUGGUCUUUUCAGGAGAAAAAAACAUGGUAGGUCAUAACUUGUUUUAAAGGUGGGGUAUCUUUGGCACCAAGGACAUCUGUAUGUGCGUAAGUUGAAUCGUGAAAAUGCUGAGACGUAUUCUAGUUGUCUGCGUUGGUGGUGUUUCUUUUAUAAUCCUUGAAAUGGAGGCAUCACUAGGUUCUUACCUGGGGUUUGCACAUCUCUCUUGCCACUUUGUGAUUCUAGGUUGGAGAUGAGUAAUUCUGUAAUUGUGUUUGACUCUCCACUUGAGGACAUCUUGAAAGCUCAAAGAUAUUUUCAAGCUUAUAUUUUGAGCUUGUUGAUUCCUUUUUUACUUGUACUGAUGAUUGAUGAGAGCAUGGUCAUAUCUUCUGAGCUUCUCCCCCGCCCCCAUUCUUACCCUCAGGAAAAAGAAAAGGAACGAAAAGAAACCAAAGAUUGCAUCAGUUGUUUUAUCUUCCAUUUUGACUGUAUUUGAAGGGUUUUGAGUCCACAAUUAGAAGUAUGAAGAUUUAUUCAUUUCCCACUAACUAAAAUCUUCUUUUCCUUCCUAGGCUGUCUUAGACUUUUAUUCACUUUUGAAAAUUUUCAUUUAAAAUGAUUAUUUAUUAAUUCAUGUAACUGGAACGGAGUGAAAAGCCCAAGAUGUCAUGUUGAGUCUAAUCUUUUAGAUCCAAUGAUUUCACUCAUAAUAUAAUUUGAUUGUUUUCCUUUACCUGUGCUCAUCUAAAAUGGGACAAUUUAAAUGGGACGGAGGGUGUAUUAACUAUACCAAAUGCAACGUUUAGGGGAUGAGGCUUCGCGAUUUUCCAAAGGGAGGAUGAUUUCUUUCCCCCUUCAAUUUGUAUGAUUAGUUCAAUGGUAUCAUUAUGUCGGCCAUUGGUUAGGUUUGGUUUGCAAUGACAUCUCUAUGUGCUGCUACUUUACUUUUCUUCCAGCUCACUUUGUUUGACUCUUUUACUUUAAGGUCGAAAUUCCCAGAUAGCCCCUCAAACUUGGCACGAUGUCAGUUGGACAAUUCAGCUUAACUAAUGACCAGAUAAACACCUAUGUUAGAUAGAAGUGUGUUACAUGAGCACCUCACACUUGCAUGGAAAAUUGUGUCUUACACUUAAAUUUGAGCGCGUGAAAAGCUCAAAAUAUGCUUUUUCUUUUUUGAAAAAUUUCACCUCUUCCUCAAAAUUUCCAGUUGCCCUUUCCACCAUUUUCACAAAUUUUAAGCUUAAUAAUCACUUCUCUCCAUAAUCCAAAAAGAGAAAAAAGAAAAAGAGCUGCCAAUUCGAGCAAUCUCCAUUACCAUUGCCAAAAUUUCUGAUGACCCUUUCCACCAGUAGAGAUGGUCCUUCUCAUAGAUUAAGUUAAAUAUGUCUUUCCUCGUCAGAGUCUGGAGCUCUAUAUUUGGUCUUGCAUUAAUGGGUUUGUUUCACACAGAGAGGAUAAAACAAGAGAAGGUCGCUUGAGAUGGUAUAACUAUGUUCUCGUGGACCUCUAAAUGCACCAUCCCUAGGUGCUGCACUAUGAUGAUAGAUUGCUAAAAAGGGGACGAGUUAAAUCUGAAAUUACAUGGGAGUAAAGUUAUCUCAAACGGCCCGCAAUUUCUUGAAAUUCUUACCACGUAGGAAGAACAAAACAAAAUGAAAGCAAAAGAUCCAUAUAGGCGAUUCCAAUAAAUUGGAAUUAACGUUUGUCAUAUAGGUGCACUUACACUAGGUUUGGUGUCUGCCAGAAAUUUUUUUAGUUUGUUUAGAGAGAAAAUGUUGGGGAGUUCUAGUGUUAAAAGAUCCUAAUUUGUCAAAUGAUUGAGUAUUCGAAUAAAACGAGUCCAAAUAGGAGCUGCAUGGAUCACCCAAGGGUGUAGCUUAGUGGUUAAUGAAGUGGUCGAGAACCAUGAGGUCUCAGGUUCAAAUCCCAUCGGAGGCAAAAAAGCUAGGUAAUUUUUUUUCAAUCUGUCCAACCGUUGGUGGAUAGAGUUACCCGAUAUCUGUGCUGGUGGGAGGUAGAAGAUACCUCGCGGAAUUAGUUGAAGUGCGCUCAAGCUGGUUCGGACACCACAAUUAUUAAGAAAAAUGAUGGAUGUUAAAGAUCAAGCCGACCCUAACUAGUUUAGAGUUGAAAUGUAGUAGUUAUUGCUGUAGUACAGAGGGCUUGAGUGUUGGGCUGGUGAAGAUUGUUGAGUCUUCUUAAGUGCAGUAAUCUCUGAUUUAGUUCGUUUAUUUGGUAAAUAAGGAGUGAUCAUUUCCCAGUAAUAUGACAUUGGUGAUAAUGAAUGAUUUUCAUGAGAUUUCCACUCUGGGGAAUCAUAUAAACAGUUCAUUGCAUGGAUGUGCCAUUCAUCCUCCUUGGAAAGGUCAGAUGGAUAGAGAGGUUAUGUUUCCGUUGGAGAUUGGAGAGACGAAAAUGACACAAUUUUGGAGGAGCUUAUGAUGGCUUGGGAUUCCAUUCAUAAAUGAUCCAUUUUCCUUAAUCAAGGAAGGGCAGGGAUGCUAUUUCCUAGGAUAAGAAUGUUGUACUUCCAACAUUUAUGGGAGAGGUUUGGAGUAGUUUGGGGGUGGGAGACUCUUCCUCUGGAGCCCUUGCUUAGGGUAGUGCAGUUUUUGUGGUUGCAAAUAAAAAUGUUAGGCCUCAUUGUUAAGGUGCCAAAAAUUUAGAAAUUUUUCCUGUGGAGCUCAAUCAAGAGAUUGAUAAGAGUGCGAGAUGUGGAGCAGAAGUUUAUUGAAUAUCAUGAUCAUUCAUCUGAAACUACUGUUUCACUUAGUGAUGUCCACAUAAUGGAUGUACCUGCAUAUGUGCGACAUGGUAAAGGAAAUGCAUUUUGGCACACUAUCUAGUGUCUCCAGUCUCAUUUGACUCUACAAUGAGAUUUAUUCUAUCCUUUCUGCUAAGAUGCUAACAUAACAGCUGUCCUAUUGGUAUGACGAUCAUGGCUUUCAUUUGUCUAGCACUGUAACUGUAUAUUAGGUACUUGGAAUAAAUUGCUUUGUUAGUACUUUUUGUGUAUAGGAAGACUGAGUAAGUUGCAUUCAAUCUCCUUUCAAAUGUUAACUAUUCUUUCAUACUUUCUGCCCCCAGGGCUAAGUCAAGUGGCAAAGGUUGAGGGACUUGUGACUUAGGUCACAGGUCAAGCCCUGCACCAUAUGAACUAAGCGUGGUAUUUAAAUGGAGAAGGGUAAAGGGGCCUGCCUGCUAUCCCCAGGUUUUGAAAGCUGCCAGUGGUCCUAAGGUUUGGCCCCAGACGGAUUUCUCAGUCAUAAAAUAAAAAUCAUACUUUCAUCCUGCAUUUAGUUUAUUAGUUCUAUUACAAUGACAGACUGGUUAAAAACUAAUCUAGAAAAGCUGGAUCUAGUGUUUGGACUCAAGUUCGAUAUUGAUUCAUGUGCAUUUUGCUGGAAAAUAGUAGUUUUCCAGUAUCUAUCACUUUCUGGCUCAAGAGAUCUCGAAGACCUGUGAGCUCUACCAUGUAACAUCAGCAUUUGUCCUGAGAAACACAUUAAAAAAAAAAUGGCUCCCCAAAUUAUGAUCUACCCUCCUUAGGUUGUUUUGUUUUUGAGUGAUUACUUUUUGUGGUACUUGUUACAAAAGAAAAAAUGGCAUUUGUAUACUAUAUGAAUUCGAUCUCAUUUGCAUGACUUUCAUGUAGCAAAUUGAAUUUUAUGCUACUGAGAUUUUGAUGUUGUAUAAUUAAGUAUGACAGACAUCCGUGGGAAGCCUGCACCUUUCUAUCAAUCUACGGAUAGAUUAAUUCAUGAUUUGGUGCUGUUACUAUGCCUUUUCUUUUCUGUUUCCUCUCUUUUGUUGUGUGGUGGUGGCAGGGAGGGACAGUAAAUGGAAGGAGUGUUUUUGCGCGUUAAGCUAGGUGAUUGUGGUUAAUCUUGGUAAUGUUGUGAGUGAGUUUAUUAAGCUGAGGGAGUUUUGGAAAGUUUUGGGAAUAUCUUGGGGACAGGAUCAAGGAAACGUUGCCGUAUUAUUAAUAUUUUUAUGAUUAUAAUUGAGAAAAGCGGGAAGUGGGUAAGCAACGGAGGGAACGCGUUGGACUCGGGAAAACCAAACAUAAAAUAACGGAGUUGAAUUGAGUGAAAUGUGGGAUAAAACUGCGAUAAGAGAACUGUUAGCUAUAGAAAAUUGAGACUUAAGGUCUAGAUUUUAUUGUGUGCCAAGGGAGUGAUGUUACUGCUAAGGGAGACAAGUUUUUGUGUAAGUUAGGUAACCUCCUUCCGUUUUUUAUGCAUUCAGCUGUUCGAUAUAGGUUUCAACCACCAACUGCUGCCCUUCUAUAUAUAACACUUCUUAUAUUAAAAAAUGUUGUGAGUGCUUUUUAUCUUCUUCCUUAUUUAGAAGAGAGCCCCUUCAAUAAUAGGCAUAUGCCACUGAAUGAAACGAGCGCACGAUAUUCUUUAGUAAAAGGCGAAACACUAGUUAGCUCUGCGCUCACUGCAUGGCUGCCUAAUGUUUUUUUUUUGAUAAGUUCCCUUAUUGUCCCAUAAAGGUGCGUGCUGGGGUAUUCAUUUUUCUACAACGUCUAUUUAUAGCUCAUACAUGAGUUUUAAAUUAUUUGAUCAGCAUUCCAGUGAAAAGUUAAAAUGGAGCCUAGUGCUCUAAAAAGUAAUUAUGUAGUGGUAGUCCUUUUCUUGAAUAUGUUCAACAUGCAGAUUCCCAAGAUAGUGCGGCUUUCAUGUCAGUUCCUAAGCUUGAGUCCAUUUCGCCACAGAAAAAAGAAAAUAAAAAUAAAAAGAGUUUAAGCAUUCUUGUUAGGUUUAUAUGUUAAUAUGUCCAACUAGUUCUGUAUGAAUUAUGAUGCUUGUAGGAAAUGGAUAUUCUGAAAGCUUGGUCAGACAAGUUUGUGAGGCUGUUGUUUCUUUAAAAUUGGACUAGUAAUAACGAACUCAAUGUGGCCCCAGGGCUUUGGUCUAGUGGUAAGAGUGCAAUGUAUGAUGUGUGCAGUAGGCGCAUGCCAUAGGUUUGAACCCUACCGCAAGACAAAAGCCUAGUAUUUAAGUGGAGAAGGGUAGAGGGGCGGACUCAUUAUCCACCGAGUUUCGAACCUUGUGCCAUUAGCCCUUGUGGAUUUCUCGGUUAUUAAAAAAAAAAAAGGUAACGAACUCAAUGUGAUUUUGGAUAUUUUAAAGUUCAGUAGCUCUCCAUUGAGUAGCAAUAGAGAAACUUUCCGGACAACUGACCUUUCUGGUAUCUUUAAAGCUGCCUGCUUGUUUUUUAUGGUUGAUACAGGAUGUCAAGAUUUGAAAGUUAAUGAGUUUGUCCUUCAUAUUUUUGCUGUCUACCACAUGGUCUUCCAUAUGCAGAUAAAUUUAUCAGGAUGUUCACCUAAGUUAGCUUUAUCUUAUAUGUGUGACCAUAUUUGUGACUGCUUAGUGCUUAGUUAUAAACUGCAUGUAUUUGAUGAAAGAAUAAUAUCUGUAUCCCUGCAGUCUGAGAUGCCUAUGAGAAUGUCAAAGUCACAGCCAAAUUGACUGUAAUGCGCUCUUUCUGAUAGCGAAUAGCCAACCAAUUUGUCCCACUGAUUUAACUUCUCAGAUACAUGUGAGUCAGAGUAGGUAUCAUGAAAAUGGCCAACGAGGAAUCUUCUUUGUCACCUUUGGAAGAUUUUUAGCAUCUUUUAACGAGAGAUAUUUGGUCCAGCUUCUCAUUUUUCACGAUUGGACUACAGAUAAACUUUAUUAAGACUUUUGCAUGUAAUGGUGGCCUAUGGUGCCUAAUAUUGGGACCCUUUACCUAUAUAUAUCAUGCAGCUUGUGACUGUUAAUGGAGACCUCCCAUGAACGUGGAUGGUCAAAAGUGGCUAACCACAAGAGAAUUUGAUGAACAUAGUAAUGGUCCUACUCUUGAAUGGAAUCUGUACUAUUUCCAUUUCUACUCCACUUUGAAGACUAAUGAUUUUGGAGUCCCAUCUAUUCAUCUCUGCCACCAUGGCUUUUGGUAUUGCAUUUUUACUUUAUGUGCACCUGACUGACAAUAACAAUUAUCCCUUGCUUGGAUUUGCUUUUUUUCCAUAUAAGGUGCAAUUUGAUUGAUUAUUGAAGUUUUUAGAACUAGAACAUGGUGCUCAAAAAUGCUUUUGGCAUAUUCAUGUACAUGGAAUUACAUGCAUUUGAUUAGCGCGUAGAAACUCGAUAAAGCUUAUUUUAACCUAGAUUUUUUUUGUUUUGUUUUUUGUUGGCUGAAGACCAGGAUGCCUAUGUUUUAGAAGAAUGGUAAGAAAAAUCAUGUUGCUUUACUACAAGAAAAGCAAUUUCUUGUUUGUUUACAGCGAGAGAUUGUUUCCAUUUCUUGCCCUUGUAAGUUGUAAUUUGACUCUGUUGUCAAAUUGUCUGUACAAUAGUGUGUCGUUUUUUGAUAAUAUUAGAUUUGCAGUCUUAAGCAUCAGCAGGAAGACGCGACGAGAAAGACAAUUUUAUUUUGUGUGUUGGUCAAAUUUGGUGGCUGGUUAGGCCAUGAUUAAACUAGGAAUGUUUAUCUUGUGAAAACGAUGGACUGGUUCAGCAAUUGAUGAUAGUAGUUAUCUGUA